AUGAAUUCAAAAAUUAAAGGUAUAACGGAUGAUAUAACAUCAAUUCCACCAGAAGAACAGAGAUAUUACGCAUUAAAUGCAUUUCCUAAAGUUUUGAAGAUUGGAAGAUUUAAUUUAAAUGAGGAAUUCAUAGAAGGUUUCCUAAAUGACAUAAUGAAGAAGGUGGAUAAGGAAUAUGUUAACAAUGAGUUAAUGAAGAAGGUGGAUAAGGAAUACGUUAAUACUGAAUUAAAUAAGAAAGCAAAUUUGGUUUAUGUUGAUGAAAAAGAUAAUGAAAUUAAAGAAAAGGUUGAAUGGUAUCAUGAAUGGACAUUGGAGACUUUUAAAGUUAAAGCUGAUACAGAAUGGGUUUCAGGAUGUUUAGACCUUAAAGCGGAUAAAACAUAUGUUAACAAUGAGUUAAUGAAGAAAGCAGAUAAGGAAAAAGUUAUUUCAUUCAUUAAUACUGAGUUAGCAAAGAAAGCUGAUAUAUCAUUUGUUAAUGAAGAAAUAAAGCAAUCAGAGGUCUAUUUUACUCCACCAUUUUUAAAUUUUAUGAAAUCAUCAGAUAAAACCUUUGAUAUAGAUUCUUUUGAAUGGAUAUGUUUCGAUGGAGUGACCACGUAUUUAUUUUAUACAGCAGGAGUACUUUAUUAUUUAAAAACAAAUGAUUUUAAAAACUAUGAAUCAUUUACUCCAUCUGUUUGGAAUCCCGAUACACGAAAGCCAAUCAUUAAUCCAAGAAUUUUAUAUGUUGAAUAUAAUAACGGUAAAUUUAUGGGAAUGAUAACGGUUGGAGAUGAUUUUUGCCCUUGUUAUUCAUUCGAUUGUAUCCAAUGGUUCAAAUGUAAUUUAAAUCAAGAUGCUAAAUUUAAAUAUCCAAAUAAUCCUAUUAG